AGCAGAAGGACCCAUGAAGACCUUCAGCUGGGCUUCUGGUUCUAUGAUGUCACUUCAGAUGCUGCUCCUGGCUGCCCUGAUUCUGGGGACUUCUCUGCAGCAUGCCAGCGCUGCUCGAGCCACCAAUGUAGGCCGAGAAUGCUGCCUGGAUUACUUCAAGGGGGCCAUUCCCAUCAGGAAGCUGGUGACAUGGUACAGGACCUCACCGGAGUGUCCCAGGGAUGCUGUCGUGUUUGUGACUGUCCAGGGAAAGCUCAUCUGUGCAGACCCCAAAGACAAGCAUGUGAAGAAGGCCAUCAGACACCUAAGUAACCAAAGGCUGUGAUCUUCCCACCGAGGCUUUCGGAGACUCCAGGGCUGCUGUCCAUGGUCUCAACCUAAAGCUGCCUGUGUCCAGUGGAGGCUUUGAGAGCCCAAGAGCAGCCACAGAGCAGGAGUUCCUGUCCCCCUUUGAUGGACUUUUAUGUGCUACAGGCACACACACAAGAGCACCGAAUAAAGUCUUCCUCCCUCA